UUGUGAAUCGUCGACCUUAUCAAAAGAAUUUGCUGGCCGGGCAAAAUGGAUGAAUUGAAGAGUUUUUUCAACAACCCGUGCCCGUCGAGCUCGCAGAUAAAAAAGAUCCGCGGGCCGUUGACUGGUGGGCUGCGGAUCACAAAGGAAGACACGACAGCGCAGCUGAAUAGACGAGAAGAGCAUCGGCGCGCUGUGGUACCUUCCGGUACAGACUAUGCUCGUGAAAUCAAACAGAGAGAAACAGAUAUGUACAAAAGGAAUGAAGCAGAAAAAGACAAAUGGGAGAGUAUAUCUGGAGGUUUGGAGUCAAUGGAACAGCUAUCUUUAUGGGGCAUGUCGAUGCCCAACAUUGGUGAACUAACUGAAGAGGCCAUGACGACUGUUUAUAAUAAGUAUACCUUUAAAAAACGAGAGGACACUAUUAAGCUGGCUAUUGAAGAAUAUAAACAGGAGAUUCUAGAUGGAAUUGGUGGAUUCUCGGUAGUCAUAAUAGAAGGUCCCACUGGCUGUGGUAAGACUACCCAAGUGCCGCAGUGGAUACUGGACGAUAGCUACCAGAAGCGGAAACCAUGCAAGAUUAUUGUGACACAACCUAGGAGAAUUGCUGCUAUUUCAAUAGCUAAACGAGUAGCGCAGGAGCGGGGUUGGGAUGUAGGAGGUUUAGUAGGAUAUCAGGUUGGGCUGGAAAACAGAACCACAACAGACACGCGAAUCCAUUAUGUCACGACAGGACUGCUGCUACAAAAGUUGGUGGCCGCAAAAACCAUGAACGAAUAUACCCACGUAAUUCUUGACGAGGUACACGAAAGAGGUCAGGAAAUGGAUUUCCUUCUUCUACUUGUAAAGAGGCUUCUAUACACCGUGUCGCCAAAGGUUAAAGUAAUUCUCAUGUCUGCGACAUUCAAAUGGAGAACUUUUGCUGACUAUUUCUUGAUUCCAACGAUAGACGGACAGAUGGCUUCGGCUAUAAAUAUUGUGAAGAAAGAUCCAACGUUCACUGUGAAAACGUUCUACUUGAAUAACUUAACAAAGUUCGGAUCAAUCCUUUUACAAUCAACCCCUAAAGGCGAUCCAACGAUUGCACCAGAAAUGUUCCACCUCGUGAUUAAACUCUUGAACGCCUUCGAACACAUUGACAAACAAGAGGACCACUACGAGGACCGCUCACAGGCCGACCUGCCUUCGGUGCUCAUCUUUUUGCCUGGCAUUAACGAGAUUGAGGAUUUGUUUCUAUGUCUGAGCGACCUUAAAUUGAGGCAGAAAGUAGCAGACGCAGAGUGCGCGACAUACAAGUGGUGGGUAUUACCACUUCACUCGACGAUCACGGCCGACGAACAAGUACGCGUGUUCCAACGAGCGCCGCCCGGCCACCGCAAGAUCAUACUCGCCACCAACAUCGCCGAGAGCUCUAUCACCGUGCCAGAUAUCAAAUACGUGAUCGACUUCUGCCUGAUAAAAAUCCUAGUGGCAGAUGAGCACACCAAUUUUACGUCGCUGCAGAUGUGCUGGGCUUCGAAGACGAACUGUGAGCAGCGUGCCGGUCGCGCCGGCCGUGUGAGAGAUGGCCGUGUAUACAGGCUUGUUACUGACAAGUUUUAUGAGGGUCUUUCUCAAGAGGGUCGUCCAGAGAUUCUACGAUGCCCGCUAGAGCGGCUGGUGCUGCUGGCAAAGAUGCUGGAUAUGGGACAGCCUAGUGACGUACUGGCGCUUGCCAUGGACCCGCCCGACAUGUCCAACAUACAUCGCACCAUACUCGUCCUCAAAGAGAUUGGAGCUUUAAGAAAGACGUUGGCUGGUGAAUGGAGUCAGUCGGACGGUGACAUAACAUAUCUCGGGCGCAUUAUGGCCAAGCUGCCUCUAGAUGUGCGCGCCUCGAAGCUUAUCGUACUUGGGUACAUCUUCGGCUGCCUUGACGAGGCUCUUGUUAUGGCGGCGUCAAUAUCCGUGAAGAAUUUGUUCAGCAACCCGUUCCGCGAGCGUCUCAACGCUUACAACUCCAAGCUGACCUGGGCCGACGGCUCUACUAGCGAUUGCAUUGCCUUCCUCAACGUCUACAAAGUGUGGACCCAUUUGCGGCAGCAGCAAUACUUCCGCCAACAGCACGGCAACGAAGUGCAGUGGGCGCGGCGGUUUUACGUCCAAAUCCGGUCGCUAAAAGAGCUCGAUGACUUGGUGCGAGAGCUUAAACUUCGCCUCAGUCGCGAGGGUAUUGACAUCAGUAAGGAGGGGUCGCCAUGGGAUAAAAAUGAAUUGGCGCUCGUACUCAAGAUAAUAAUGGCGGGCGCGGUGUACCCUCAGUACUUCGUGCAGGUGUCGCAGGACGAAUCACGCGAGCGCGAUGCAGUGCGCAUACUUGGCGGACAUGACCCGAGAAACACGGUGUACCUGAAAAACUUCCCGGACAAUCAACCGGGCGAGAUUUACGCGGCGUCUAUUAAGCGCGCCGUGCGUCAACAGAUCGGCGACGAACCACGCGUUACCUUCGAUAAAAACAGCAGGAAAGUAUAUCUGACAUUUCAAGUGAAUAGCGGGCGAGGCAAACACAACGAGACGCAGACGGACCCCACGAUCCCUGGACAAGUGGUGCUGCCCGUCUACAAGGCGAUUAAGGCGCGACAGUUGAAGAUGGACAUCCGCAUACAGCUGUUGCCAUUAGAAAAAGCAAACGAAGUCGCUGCAGCGCUUGAAUCAGAAAAAAAAAUGGAGCACACCUGGAACAAAAUGGUACCACGGCUACCUGAUGUGGAUGAUUCUCACUUCCCACUCACUAUUUCUGAGAAAAUCAGCGUUAGCAAAUUUUGGGUUCAAUACGACGAUACGUCAACUGCAAGCGAACUGCGUCAAAUCCAAAACACCCUAAACCGCGCCAAGUUAAUUCCUCACAAUGGUCCAGUGGCUGUUGGCGAUAUUUUCGCCGGGCCCUUUGUUGAUACCCAUGGCACUACAAUGCACCGCAUUCGCGUGCAACGGCUGUUACCUAGAGACAUGUUUGAGGUGCUCUUCAUCGACUAUGGCAACACCCAGCGGCUGAACACAUGCAACCUGUACCUCAUACCACCGGGAAUCUGUCAAGACACUCCACCGCUGGCCAUGGAGUGCGUGCUGGCUGAGAUUGCUCCCAGCCCGCUGAUUAAUCAACAUGGACAGUGGACGCCACGCGCCAGGCAGCUUUUCGACAGUCUUAUUGCGAAAGGACAUUUGUUGGGCAAGGUAUAUUCAGUGACACACGGCAUAGUGUCUAUAGAGCUGUUGGCGGAUGGUGGCCGCAUCAGCGUCAACAAGGAACUCGUCAAUCAGCGUCUUGCCGUGCCCGCAGAAGAGAGCUACGAUUCUAAGAUAAACCACGAUCUCCGUCAAACAGCUACGGACCUGAACCUAGCCCAAAAACGAGCGUUCAAUAAGGAGCAGACCGAACUUUCCUUCUAUAAUUUGCGAGAAAUCGAACCGCCCAACUCCAAGGACUGCAUUACUGAUGUCGUGCUUAAAGGACCUUUCAGCCCUCUGGAGACCAUUGUCCACAAUUUGAUGUACUCGAGCCGGGAGAAACAAGUUACCAUUGAGUGGCUCUCCGUCAACUCGGUCCUGCUGGAUACCGACCCCCAGGAAGUGUACGAAAGGCUUCUAGUGGCUGCGGAAGUGGGUCAGAAUGAGAACAGCAGCAAACUGACGCUGAGGCACACCACUCUGCUGCCCAACAUCCCCGCGCUGCCGGCCAUCAUUUCCCUACUCUUCUGCCCUGUUGCGGAACUCCGAAGGGAUUCCGAAGGGUCAAGGUACGUGAGCGUAUUAUGUGGAUUAGGCAGCAUGGAAGACGGGACGCCGUACUUCCCCGAACACGAUUUGUUGGUUAACAUCGAUGCUGAUCUCACCGUUGAGGAUAUUGGCGCGAUAAACCAUAUUCGUUACCUGAUGGAUUACAUGAUGUACUGUAACGAGGGCCAGGACAUGCCUGCGGACAACGCGUACCGCUCGCAGGUGCCCAAGACCAUCCGCAAUGACAUCCUUGAAUUAUUCCGCAAACGUCGCAAGCACCGCGAACCUGAAUCCGUAGUGAACGCAUGGGAAUGGAAGACUGUACCUGAACACGAACUGCUAGAGAUCUCCGUCCCGGAUAUGGUAGAUCAGGCGAUAAUAUACCCGCUGCACACACCGCUGGAGCUCCGGCCAUUAUCGCGCGACCAGUUGCUUAAAUUGAAAGAGGAAAAUGCUCAACUUAAGUUGCUCGUUGCCAGGACACCAAUAUCAUCGACAGGAGAAUUAACUUGCAAGCUAUGCGGCACUGGGCCGAUGCCGGCGCACGCCAUGCGAAUACAUCUGUACUCAAACGCUCACAAGGAAAAGGAAGAAGACUUCCGCAUGUUCGAAUCUUAAAAUUAAGCAAUACAAAAAAUUACUUCACUAAAUAGACUAAGCAGGGGCAUUUUUGAUUCACCUUAAAUCUGUUGGAACAAAAUUCUUAUGAAAAACAGUUCUGCUAAAUUACAUAACUGUUUCGAAUUCCGAUACAAACCCG